AUGGCUGAUCCUUUCUCGACCUAUACUCAAUUUUCAAACUAUCCCGCCUACCUCGCCGAUUCUCUAGAUGCAUACCAGACACACCACAACCGCCUCGUCCAACACCAUCAGAUGACGCGAGCCACUGAAUCGAAACCACGACUCUCAAAGGAAGAGGUUGAAAUUUUGGAAGCGGAGUUCCAGAAGAACCACAAGCCCAGCAGCACGACCAAGAAGGCGCUUGCUGAAUCCAUGAGAGUGGACAAUGCUCGUAUAAAUAACUGGUUUCAGAAUAGACGUGCUCGUGAGAAGAAGGAGAACAACAUCAGAGAGUAUGAGGCAAAACAGAGACUGGAAAAGGAACGAGCAGAGACCUCGGAAGGCUCUCAACAUAUCAACGGCCGUCAACGUGACUUGGUUGCUUCUAGCGCUCCUUUUCCGCAACCAGCAAUGAACAUAAAGCAUGAGCCCGAAGGUGAUAUUUCUCCCUCCGAGGAUUCCCCUCAUGAGCCAUCCGGGGAGACAGAGCUCAGCCAAAGUGAUGAAUCGGACCUCCUCUCCCCUCUCCCUCUUCCCGUCAAACAGGAAAUCAGUAUGCCCCGACCUACCAGCAUCCACGAACUCUCAGCCAAGCUGGAGCAGGAAGAAGAUGAUAAUUGUGCGCUCUCUGACCACAUGGAUGAUUAUUUUGCCAUGCAAGAAGGGUCUAUGCUUGCUGUCAAUUCAAAAAUGACAAGCCAGCAGUUUUAUUCUGGAUUCGGCGGUCAGCAUGAUGGGGAUGGCCUUGAUCGAGAUACGGACUCGUCGCCAUUGACUGAUAACUCCGAGCCCAGAUCCCCUGACGGAAUUGACAUUGCCACUCGCCGAAACCGACGUCCAGCUCCUCUGUCUAUUGCAGGCGGCCGCAGCUUAUCCUACACUGCCAGAGCCACAGAUUCCUCAAGAAGGAGCGACCAAGCAGCUUCCAUGCGACGGAUUUCUUCCAGCACGGGAUCUGGCCGGGUUAAGAAGUCUGUCGCCACCCCUCGAAGCCCCUUCUUCGAUAGAAAUGCCGAUGGCAUACUACAACGAAGACCUUCGCCAAAUGCAGCUGGCCGGCAGGGAUCUGCGGCACCUCCUACUCCAGAUACUCCAGUCGCUCUUCAGCAACAAGGAGCAGCGGUAGAUGCUGCCAUGUCGUCACUGUACUCUCUGGACAGCAAGUUUACCCCUCCCGAUCUUGUCAUCUCCGAUCCGACAUUGCGCACGCCGCCAACCACCCCAGGCUUUGCGGAUUCACUGUUCCACCUCGGGGCUGGAUACGAGAUGGGCAUCUCUGAAGAGAACAUUAUCACCCCUGGCAUCUCCAGAACCGUUGGCGGUGUGGAAAUGACGGGCAACUCUGCGGCCUUUGCCAAUUACAUGAUGAACAACAGCCAAUGUUCAGGUCAACAAAUGGCCCCCAUGUUCCAAACCCAGAUGGGACAGUCUUAUUUCGGCUUUGUGGGUGCAAACAGCAACUCGGAAUACAGUUGGUCAGAUUUGUCACCCUCAACCGCAUCCACAUCUUCGAGCUCUCAGCAGCGAUACAUGACGCUUGGCUCGCAUUGA